AUUUUUCGUUCGCGUAAAUUUUUUGUUUGUGUAUGAGUUGAUGAUUUCAUAAAAAAAAUUCAUGUCGCCAAUUGAAAAUGGCCGAUCAAUUUACAGAACAAUUCGUAGCCGAUAUUAAAAAGGUAUUCAAUUUUUUUGACCGAGAAGGUAGAGGCUUCAUCAAAUCUCAUCAAUUAGGGACAUUAAUGAGAGCAUUAGGUGUUAAUCCAACGGAAGCGGAGCUCUUGGUGUUUAUAAAAGAAAUCGUUCCCGAGCAGGAUGGAACGAUAAACAUCGACUUUCCAGAAUUUUUAACCUUCAUGGGAAGACAAAUGAAAAACAUAAAAGAUGAAGAAGAAUUAAGGGAAGCCUUUAGAAUUUUUGAUAAAGAUGGAACAGGGUACAUAUCGGCGAAAGAACUACACCACAUAAUAACCCAUCUGGGAGAACCUUUGAGCAGAACCCAAGUUAACAGAAUGAUGAUAGAUGCGGAUACUGACGAGGAUGGACAAAUUAAUUAUGAGGAUUUUGUAACAUUGAUCACUAGUAGUUAUAAAAUGAAAAGUAAUUAUUCGUAAUAUGCAUCA